GCGCCUUGACCGAGCCUCAGAUUCUUGAAUUCAUUCUGGAAAUCCUCGGGUCAUAUUCAGGUCGAAUCGGAUCGUACAUUCGGACUUGAGUUCUCUCUGGACCCGCCCAGGGCACAGAUUCAUCUCUCCUUAAAUGGGUCAAAAUGAGCGCGAGGCCAGUGAGGCCCAUCAAGAGGCCGGUUCCAGGUCCAAAGCGGCGCCCACCGGUGGUGGCAGUCCCGCCCAUCCCACCGACGGGGUCAAGCCCAUUCAAAAGAAGAUUCUGCACGCCGGGCGCGCGUCCCCGCCAUCGGCCACGGCCGGUGCUCACUCGCCGCCAGAUUUCCGUGAAGGCACGAAAAUUAUCUUUCACUUUGUCACCAAACUGUGCGAUCUGGACGGCACGGUGCUAGACGACAGUCGGGACUGGCCACGGCCCAUGGAGCUCAUCAUUGGCAAGCAAUUCAAACUUGAAUCUUGGGAGCUUUGUCUUCAAACCAUGCUCGUGGGCGAAGUGGCUUCCUUUACCGUUCAAAGACAGCUCACGUGCAAUUAUCCCACCGUAGCCAAAACCUUGCGGGACACAUUCUUGCCCAAACGAGAUAAGGACGGUCAUCUCCAAGCCACGCCCAAGGGCGGCGAGCAACACCAGCAUAUGUGUGGCAUGAUGGCCAUGCAAAUGCAGGGCGGCUUGGGUUACGACGACCUCAAUCAGCUCAUGAAGGAGCCCCAGUCGCUUGAGUUUAUCUUUGAGAUCAUCCGGAUCGAGCUGCCCGAGGAUUAUCAAGCCGAGACUUGGCAAAUGAAACCGGACGAGAAAUUGGGCAAAGUACCCGAGCUAAAAGAACAAGGCAACCGGCUUUUCCGCCAAAAGAAGGUCAAAGAAGCGUCCGAAAAGUACGGCAUGGCCAUUACACUGCUGGAACAACUUAUGUUAAGAGAAAAGCCCAAUGAUGAGGACUGGGUCAAACUGCGCGAUGCCAAGAUUCCGCUCCUGUUGAAUUUUGCCCAAUGUCGAUUAUCGGAAAACGACUAUUAUCCCGUGAUUGAACAUUGUACAGAAGUUUUGGAGACCGAUCCAGAUAACGUCAAAGCUCGCUUCCGUCGUGCCAAAGCCCACGUGGGAGCUUGGAACCCGGAUUCCGCCAAGGAGGAUUUCCAACGAGUCAUCGAUUUGGAUCCGUCGAUUGCGAUUACGUGCAAAAAAGAGCUGAAGAAACUGGAAGAGAUGGAAAAGCAGAAAGACGAGGCCGACAAGAAGAAGCUCCAAAAGCUGUUCUGAACUCGCUCUGAACUUGCGCGGUCUUCAGAAGUAAUCAACGUCCCCGCUUGCAUUUCCAGCCCAUUCCUUAACCAUCUUACCAACCAACUAACUAAUCAGCCAAGUCACCUGCAACUUUCAUUUCGUUUAAUGGUCCAUGUACUCAUUAUUUAUAUAAAUAAUAAAGCAAUCCACGUCCAACACUA